AUGAUUGGAUCCUUGAUGAUAGGUAACCGAGAAUCCAAGUUUCUUGCGCUUCACAAGGGUAGUGAAAGCUUCUCGAAGACUUACGAAGGAAUCAAUACGGCUGCUGAAAUUCUGCGUAUUGAGUUCUUCUUCCUUGAAAUCGGAGAGUGGGAAGCUUCUGGGCAGUACCAGGAUGAAGUCUAUUUGAAGAUUGGGGGCACCACCUUGGACCUGACCGGGUUUGACAAAGCCUACAUCGAGGGAAAUCGAGAGGAAUACUUUGAAGGAUUCAAGGAAGGUAUAUCUUGGAAUCGGAGAGCUGUCAGUGAGAGCAUGGAAAACUUUGGUUUUGGUUCCAACACUGACCAGCUACAUCAAGUCUCUGUAACGGUCCCCAAGCAGUACCAUACUUUUCCUCGGGUUCCAUCACGAUUGAAUUCGGAGUAG